CGUCACGAUAUCAGUAUCCCAUAUCAGAACCCUCAAUGGUUGAAAUUCGACAUGAACGAGGGCACUCCUCUUAUCGUGGGGGGAAAAUGGAAGCUUAUGAAUGACCCUAGAUGUCACUUUGUUCCUCUUGGAAGAAUGAGCGGGCCGUCUUCCCAAGAAGUUAAAGGCUUAUGUUGCUCCCACGGGCAUUGGCGCGCACGCAAGACCAUCGUGAGGAUCUGGAAGGAUAUCGGGAAGGUUCACCCUGACUCCAUCUCUGGAGGAACGGCAUCGAAACACGGUAGUUGACGCUUGAUUCCAUCUAAGUAUGAAUGCAACAUGAUAUGUCGGGGCAGUUUCGAGCGG